AUGCUAUACAAAAGACAGUUAUGGACUUAUUGUCUUGGUAUCCAUGAUCUUGCAACUGAUAAUGCAACUAUGUAUGUUUGGGAUGAGUCAUUAGGUUCCAGAGGUCCUCAAGAAAUUGGUUCUUGCAUUUUACAUUAUGUAAAAAAUUUUGUGACUUCUACCAAACUUGUAAUGUAUUCAGAUCAAUGUGGCGGUCAAAAUCGCAACAUAAAAAUGGCUACUUUAUGUAAUUACAUUGUUGAUAGUCCAUCAAUUACUGUAGAGGAAAUUGAUCACAAGUUCUUACUUAGUGGUCAUUCAUAUUUACCCUGUGAUCAAGAUUUCGGAUUAAUUGAAAAAGAAAAGAAAUUCCACCCACAUGUACAUUUACCGAAUGACUGGAUAUCAGUCAUACUAUCUGCAAGAAAAAAAAAACAUUUAAAGUUGUCAACAUAA